AUGGCCAAGAAGGGUGCAAAGGCCAAAGACGUGGGGCCCAAGGCCAAGGGUGGCAAGGGAAAAGCCUCGAAAAAACAGCAGAAACAAAAACAAGAGGAAGAGGAGGAAAAAAUCCAGACUGAAGAGCAGGGGCAGCAGCCUGAGGAAGAUCAAAACAUACCGGUAGAGCAAGAACAAGCUCAAGCUCAAUCAGAGGAUCCGCCCCAGAAGACCGAGGAAGACCCAAAGCUUGACGAAGCGGGGGAACCCAAUGAGGGCCCGAAACCGGAAGAAGAACCGAAGCCGGAAGCGGAGGUAACACCAGAGGAGCCAAAGGUGGAAGAUGAACCAAAGACUGAAGAGGGAUCUAAAUCCGAGGAGGAACCUAAGCCUGAAGAGCCCAAAAAUGAAGAAGUCAAGGUUGUAGAAGAGCCAACUAUUGAAGAGCCAAAGGCCGAAGAAGAGGUCAAGGAUAGGGAGCCAAAGGCUGAGGACGAGCCGAAGCUUGAAGAGCCAACGGUCGAUGCACUACAGGCCGAGGAAGUACCAGUUACCGAAGAGCCAAAGGUUGAGGAAGCACCUCAGCCUGAGGAAGAGACAAAACCUCAAGAAGAGUUAAAGGUCGACGAGGAACUCAAGGCUGAAGAGCCAAAGGCUGAAGACCUAAUAACAGAGGAAGUGCUAAAGCUGGAAGAACCGAAAACCAAAGAGGAUGUAGUUCCUGUGGAAGAAGUCACCCCUGAAGCAGCAGCACCUGAAGAAACCAAGCCUGAGGUGGAAGACAGGUUCGAAGAAGCGAUACCAGAACCAGAGGCAUGGCCGGAGGAAAAAGAGAAGUUCGAGGAGGCAAUACCGGAACUAGAGGUGAAGCCAGAUGAAGAAGAGAAAUUUGAGGAAGCAAUGCCAGAACCAGAGGUAAAGCCAGAGGAUGAAGUUGUCCCAGACGCUGUACGACCAUCGGAACCAGUGCAGCCAGAAGACAAGCAAGAUGAACAGACCCCUGAGGUAGAGAAAGAGAAUGAAAGGGCGUGGGAUGAACAAGAGGAGAAGGAACAAGAGACAGUCAUUGAAUCUCCAAUUACUCGGAAAUCUCCUUCACCGUCCCCAGCUCCCUCUCAACCCCAGUCUUCCGCUUCUAAAAACCCCUCCAAGCCGCCCUCGAUAAUACAAAGUCUUCCUCCGCUACCAAGAUCCAUUUCCUCCACGCCAUCAAACUUGAGCCUGAGUCAAGCAUUCCCAUCACCAAAGCUUUCCUCCACUGGAAGCCGAAGCAAGUCGGUAAAGUGCGCUAGCACAGAGGCUGGAGACGAAUUCCAAGAAGUCGAGGAAACUCCCCAGCCUGCCGCAGCUAACACUUCAUAUAAAGGCCGAUCUGCUUCACCUCGGUCUCAGUAUGAUGUAACUGAUAGUGACUACCAAACUGCCUACGGCUCCGCCAAAACCCCUACCACCACAAGGGCUGUAUCAAACGGAGCAUAUUCACCUUCUGAUGUUCCCCUGCCUUCACCCUCUGUAUCGGAGGCGAGGACAAAGUCUGCUUCCCCUACUCAACCUUCUUAUGAAUACACACAUCAGCCGCAGCCAAUCCCUGCCUCUGCACCACAUUUUGCCUACCCAUAUCCAUACGCUCACCUAUAUCAGCAAAAUUCCAACUACCCAGGCAGUCCAGUGAUGGAUCAGACACCGGCAAAUGUGGUUACUCCGCAGUACUCACCUGUCAUGCAUCCUUCCCCGCAACCCCAUUAUGCAGCAUCCUUCAGCCAACACCAGGGAAGGAGGGCUAGCCGAUCAUCGAGAAGCCAGUAUGACUACUACUUUGGAAAUACUUCCCAAUACCGCUCUGCUCGAGAGUCGAUGUCUCAGCCUACGGAAAAUGGCAAACCACAUUUGAACGGUGAACGAGAUCUCGCAGAUACAGUUAAUCUUCUCCACCGCAUUCAAAAUGUGAUUCCGGACCUUAACAAGCUAGUGGUCAGCUACCGCGAGGCACAAAGCCAGUUAUCCGCCAGGGAGGCAGAGAACAAGCAAAUUGAGGCUCAGCAUGAACAAGCUCUGUUACAUAAAGAGUAUUAUAUCGAGGCGUUGCAAAAUCAGAUGAGGAAAGUUGCCAAUGAACAUGCUGAAGAGUGUUCAAAGCUGAAGGGCAAGAUUGGUGCUCUCGGGGUUGAACUCAGUGACCUCCAGGAGAGAAACAGAAACACCGAGGAUACGCUGGUUGAGACGCAGAAAGCAAGAGAGGAGCUGCUUCGUGCCCGAGAUGAAUUGGAAGGCGAAAUUGACCAUAUUCAGAAGGAGAUUGAAGCAGCACGCGAAGCACACGAGCGUGACCUAGUGAGACUGAAGAGGGAGGCAGAGAAGGCAGAAGAGGAGGCACUUGCCGAGCAGAAGGAAAGACUGGAGGGCCUUUUCCAGGAAAUCAAAAACGAAGAUGACAGGAUUGCUGCCGAACAGCUCAAGGCUCGUGAGGAUGAGUUACUGGGCGAGCUUGCCGCCAAACAGAAAGAGCUCGAUGCCAACGAGGCAGCACUGAAGUCAACCAUGGAAGAGCUCAAAUCUACUCAGGAAGAGCUGAACGACAAGAAGGCCGAACUUGCAGAGAAAUACUCCGAGCUUGAGGCCCUCAAGGAGGAGCUGGCGAAGACAAAGACCGAUCUCCAGGCUAAACAGCAAGAAUGCGAGUCCAAGCAAAGCGAGCUGGAAACUAUUCGAAAGGAUCUCGAAGAGACCAAGCGCAACCAUGAAGAGGAACUCACAGCAUUGAGAGGCGCGUUGGAAAGCCAGACCAACAACGUCAAGGAGAUCAAAGAGCGUUUGGCCAACAUGGUCCUUGAGCACCGAAACCAAGAAGAGACAUGGCAGAAAGCCCGCGAAGGUUUCGAAGCACAGCUCCACGAGAAGGCCGAAGAAUUGAAGCUCAGCAACGAGGAGAAGGAGGUGCUCGAACGAGAAGGUCUGGCGAAAGAGGAGAGACUCCAGAGCAUAGUAGAGGAGAUGCGCCAGACCCAUAAUAACCUGAACAAGGACCGAGAGAGAUUGAAGAAAACCCUACAUAGCCUUGGUGAAGCGACGGACAUGAAGAUGAAGGGGGAUUCGUUCUUCAUUGAGUCCUUUGCCGAGUUGUCGCGACUUAUCGUUGAGGUAUCCAAGACGUACUUCACCUACUUGCCCAUCGAGCCACCACCGGAUAUCCUAGCCAAAAUCCCAUCUGAUAUCCCGCAGUUCUUGGACAACACGCCAGCAUCCCGAGAGCUUCGUGCUGCCUAUGUCCAGCAUGUCAUCUCGAAGACCCUGACCUACAGGAUCUUCCAACCCUUCCUGUUUACUCUUGGAAGACGGUACGACAAGGCGGACACAUUUUUCCAGAUGCUCUCAAUCGACAUCCGUCGCAAGUCAGUACGACGUGAAGCUUUCUGGAGACAACAAACCCUCAAGGCGGCAUAUACGACUUCUGAUGCCAAGCAGGCAAUCAAUGUGGUUGCGGCUGUCAUCGUUGACGAGAUUGUUGACCACAUCCGCCACUUUACGGAUCCAACUCAUCUUGACGCCCUGCUCACGAAUGUCCGAAAGAUUGUAAAGCUCGCAGCCGAGACAUGGAGAUUGGCUCGUGUUGAACGAGAACUGAUCACAGCCACUAUGCCGUCAGCAGAGGACGAGCAGACUGUGAACGAGGAGUGGGAAGAAUUCGACUAUGAGUCGAACGCCCCAUCCCCCGGGGUCGAAGCCACAGCCGAGCCGCUGACACCAAGGAAGUUCCGUCGGCCUCUUCUCCGAAUGCUCCCUCGUAUCUUCCGCGGGGCCGUGCAUGAAGACUUCCUCACUGAAGAUGACCACGAGAAGGCAUUGCCCUGCACGUACCUCCGGGGAGUCAUCCUGUAUAGCGACUCCCCCUCUGUCUUGGCCAGACGGGCUGAGAUGUUCAAGAAAAAGCCAGAGGCAUCUGGAGUUAUUGACGAUGCAGAAGAUGCUCGACUGCGGGCCGCAUCUGCCACUCCGCCAAACGCGGGUGCGAGAAGCCCUUCUCCGAAAAGCCCGGUUCGAUCUCCCAGAUCUAGGAGAUCUAGGGAAAGGGCUUUAAGUGGUGACGACUAG